CUGCCGCGCGCGCAGUGCAUAGCUCCUGGGCCAGGCGCAAGGGCUCGCACCCGCUUGUCGCCUGGAGCAGGAGCAGGAGCAGGGAUAACGGCGCUUUCAACUGCGGCAACGAGGGCCAAGCUUCAUCGACUCCCUCAGCUUCCCGAGAUAGAAGGCGCGUCCUCCGCAGACUUUUUCUGCUUCAUCUGCAGGGCCCCGAGGCAAACUUGGCUGUUGCAUGAGCCAAAAGGCGCUGUUGCCAGCGGGAUCGCAACCUCGACCUCCGCACGGGCGGAGUUGGGGCACGGCGCUCUUCGGGGGUACUUGGGACAGCUUGCUGAGGUGCGGCUGCUAGGAGAUGGGAAGCAAAAGCCUGCUCUCGAGCAUCCUCCUGUUUGCUGUGUUAAUGUCUGGUAGAGGCGAGCAUCAGCGAAGCUGCCAGGAUGUUCUGAAAGUUUUCCAGCUGAGGAAGAUCGGGGCCAUCAAGGGGUUUCCGGAGACCCCCCGAGCAGGGACUGAUCUUCAGGUUUGCACUUCUAAAAACUCAACAUGCUGUACCAAAAAGAUGGAAGAGAGAUAUCAGAUUGCAGCAAAGCAGGAUAUACAGGAAGUGCUUCAAGCAUCAAGCUCUGCUUUAAAGUUUUUAAUAUCCCAUAAUGCAGCUGCUUUUCAAGAAACCUUUGAAAUGCUUAUCAAACAGGCUGAGAAUUAUACAAGAACAUUUUUCUGCAACACAUAUAGAAACAUGGCUGUUGAGGCUGCGACAUCUGUUCAGGAGUUUUUUACGGAUGUGGGACUCUUUGUAUUUGGCACAGAUAUUAGCACAGAAGAAUUUGUCAACAGAUUUUUUGACACACUCUUCCCAGUCAUCUACAAUCAUCUGAUUAAUCCUGGCAUGACUGACAUUUCACUGGAAUAUUCAGAAUGCAUUCAAAUGGCAAGAAGAGAAAUCAACCCAUUUGGUAACAUUCCAAAAAUAGUCAUGGGGCAAAUGGGAAGAUCAUUAUUACCUAGUCGUACUUUCUUGCAGGCCCUCAAUUUAGGGAUUGAAGUGAUAAAUACAACAGAUCAUUUACAUUUUUCUAAAGAAUGCAGCAGAGCCCUAUUAAGAAUGCAAUAUUGUCCACACUGUCAAGGACUGAUUUUAAGUAAGCCUUGUAUGGGAUACUGCCUCAAUGUUAUUAGAGGCUGCCUAGCGAACAUGGCAGAAAUUGACCUUCACUGGCGGGGUUAUAUUGGUUCAUUGGAAGAAUUAUCCAGUGCCAUGUAUGGGACAUAUGACAUUGAAUAUGUACUUCUGAACUUUCAUUCACUUAUUAAUGAUGCUCUUAUGCAAGCUCACAUCAAUGGACCAAAAUUAUCUGAACAGGUAACCAAAGUAUGUGGCCAUCCUGUGAGAAAGCCUACACAGUCCCCAAGUUGUUCUCUUGAUCAGAACAAAGAUAAUCAAGGGCUGAAUGUGUUCUCAAGAGACAGUGAAGAAACACUUGCCAGCAGAAGAAAAGACUUUAUCAAUAGCCUUCGACUGUAUAGGACAUUCUAUGGAGGCCUGGCUGAUCAGCUGUGUAUUAAUGAGCUAGCAGCUGCUGAUGGGCUACCUUGUUGGAGUGGAGAAGAUGUUGUAAAAAGCUAUACUCAUCGUGUGGUUGGGAAUGGAAUUAAAGCUCAGUCUGGGAAUCCAGAAGUUAAAGUGAAAGGAACAGAUCCUGUGACAAGUCAAAUAAUUGAUAAGCUGAAACACAUUAUCCAGCUGUUGCAAGGGAAAUCUCUCCCUAAAUAUGAAAAGUGGGAUUUCCUACAAGUGGGCAGUGGUGGAAGCAUGGAUGAGCAAAUCAGUGGAGACUGUGAUGAUGAGGAUGGUUGUGGAGGAUCAGGAAGUGGAGAAGUAAAACGAGUCCUGAAAAUUACUAAAUGGAUGCCAGACAAGAUGAACCUCAGUGACGUAAAGCAAAUCCAUCAAACAGACGGUGGCAGCACUUUAGACACAACUGGAGCAGGAUGUACAGGAAUGGUUGCUUAUAUGACAUUUACGUUGAUUAGUGUGGUAACAUUACUUCUCAGUCUUUGGUAACUGUGCAGUCCUGUCUUGAUACAUGCGUCUCACUGCAGUCUGUUCAUCCACUUCAUGAGCCCAGAAUACAAGAUCUGUUGAAUGUAGCAAUAUUUAUGAUGGCUUGUGUAAUAUUAACCCUAAUUCUGGAUAUUAAUUAAAUUGUUUGUCUAACAUAUUUCUUAAGUUUCUUAACAUCUGUAUAGGUAAGCAAAAUCAUGUUUCUUUUUAGUAUAUCGUGAAAUUAUAUAUUACAAAUAUAAUGCUGGAAUGUUGCCUUUGUUAAUCUUUUGAGAAAGAGAACCUGAUAAAACGUCUCACCAUUUUUGUAUUUUGUAAAUGAAAUCCUAUGUUCUUGCCAUUUACAGGAAAACAGUCCAGGCCCUGGAGCUGUAUAAAAGCAGAGGUUGAAUGCCCCAACUACUUCUCCCCUCUUUUCCCUGCUGCUGAAUUUAAAUGUAGAAGUUGCCAGCUCAUGAUAAAGAAUCAAUAGUACAAAGAGACAGAACUAAUUUUUAGGGUUUGCUUUUAAUACUUCAGAAAAACUAAAUGGUAUGCAGUACAUGUGAAUGUGUAUAUGUGUCUACGAUUCAGUUUUAGCUAGAGAUAAAAGAAUAUUCUUAUGGUAUUGAAUGAUGAUGGAAGCUGGAAUGUUGUAAAAUGCUGAAUGCGUUAAAUAGUAUUGUUAUCAGUUGCUAAUUGAAUAUUCACAUUCAGUUAUCUUUUUGUGACUGAUUCACAUUCCAUUUUAUCUAGCAUGUCUUCAAGAAUAUUGCAUUUUCUUUCUUUUGCACACAUAUGCAAAAACCUAUAUUGAACUCUAUGUAUACAUACUGUACUUAGAAGUCUUCCUAGACUGUAAAGUAAUCAGUUUUUAUAUGAGACAACAUAAAGAAGUACAUGUAAAUAUUUUGGGUUCCUAAAUGUGUUCAGUUAUCAUUAUAUACACUGUGUUACAUAUAGGUAAACAAAAACAGCAUUUAAACAAACCAUUCCUAAGAGCAACUACAUGCCCAAAUAAACAUCAGUAAUAGGCACACCAGACACUGUGUACUUUUAGUUAACCUUAUUUUCAAGUCUUCUGUGUUUACUCUGUAGUCAUUAUGGACCAAAUCCAAUGUGGUCUUAGCUGCACCUAAAUGGGGUUUAGGCUGAAUUGAGUCACUAAAUUCUCAAUAGGGUACACAGGAAACUUCUCUCUCUAAAAGAUUGGUAGCUACAGGCACAUGUGAAGGCAUUCAGAUGAAGGGCAGUGGGAGUUCCUGAGUUCUGGGCCCUACUGCCAGACUUAUUUCCCUGCUUUAGCCAAUACCCAAGGGUGGAUCCAGGUUAAAGGUGGCAGAAUGCCAACCUCCCCUUCUACCUGCCCCAACAUUGCCUGUGUGCUGCACGUGCAGUGAAGUUUGUGACUUCACGGGCAUGUCAGUGCAGCUUCUGUUGUAGCUUCACAUGUAAUGUGAGCUCUGAGCUCACCAGUUUGUGAGCUCAGGGUCUUGCUGGAGCCCCUGCUUGAGUGUCCCACAGCAUGACUAUCACUUCGUCUUACCCUUCACUUCCCACCAUUCCACUCUGACCCCACUUAAUUCAGUAGCAGGGAAAAACAGGAAACCAGUGGCAUUGAUCCCCCGGGCCCUGGAGCUGUAUAAAAGCAAGGGUUGAAUGCCCUAAUUGCUUAUCCCUUCUUUUCACUGCUGCUGAAUUUAGCAGAAGGCAGGAGUGACAGGUGUCAUGACCCAAAGGUCUGAUUUUUUGUGUGUGCUUUGGCACUAAGAAUUAUCCCCGUGGGUUUACAGCUUCAUUGCAUGGAGGAGUUCUGCUGCACAGAGAACCCGCGUGCAAAGGAGAGUGUUCCCGUCACUUUGCAGCUGUCUUUGCAGGGUGCAUUUCCUUUACAACACAGAAAUGCACGGUGCAAAGAGUUCCCGCUCGUCGUAUGCAAAUUCGUGCCCCGCAAUUGGCUAGUGCUAAAUUAUUCACACGUGGCGGCUAGCGAUUGGCCUGCUAGCCGUAUAAGAGGCUUGAGCAGUUUCCGCCCAAGCCGAAGAGGACUCCACAUCCAUCUCGUGAGGACUCUGGGUGUGCGCGGCAGGGUAAUAGAAACCCUGUGUGUUGCUCAGAGGAGUUUGGUGGCCUGAUCCACUGCCCACCUCUUCCUGUCUUCAAACGGAACCUUCUAUAAGACGUAUCGACGAGUUUUAUGCAUGCUUGUCCUGGACAUCUGGAGUUCUGUCUGCGUGAAGCCUAGCAAACUCCACGUGAUUGUUCAUGUUUUCUGUCUGCGUGGAGCCUAGCAAACUCCACGUGAUUGUUCGUGUUUUCUGUUUGUAACUGCAACUCAAGCAAGUUCUCAGCCUGCACCGCAACCAUCACGGUGUAAGUAAACAAUCUUAAAAUCAACCGUUACGUGUCUGUGCCUAAUUCUAGCUCGUCGCCCGCCCUCUCUGACCCGGCCUGCCCGGGCUGCCGGCCACAGCCCGCGUGCAGAGCGACGAAAAGGGCCCAGGGUCUGACCUGGCCCACACAUGGCGACGAGGAUGGGAUCAGGAGAGGGCUCGCUAGAGUUAGAAUUAGUUGAGAACUGCCCUUGGAAAAGUGGGAGACGCAGCGUAGCAAGCGUCGCAGAACUGGAGGCGCACAUCGCGUACCACCAGGCGGGCGGAACGGGCAGGAGAUGUGUCCGUGGACACCUUUCGCUAAAGGGAGAAGAAGGAGCUUCUGAAGUCGGAGCCCUGGAAGGGAAAGAAGUGUAUCUUCACCCCGCAGCAUUUGGGUGUAUCAUGGGUGAUGAACGGGUCCUGUAUAGGCCCCUCGAUGCUAUAACCCUUGCCGAAGUCGACCCGGCAAAUGCAGUAAGCCUGACCCCCACCCGGGAGUGUGUCCAUUGCUCGCGGUGUGCCCAGGAGAUGGGAGAGCCGAUGCCGAUCAGAUGGCUCUCCCCUUGCAUGGUGAUACCUAGACUGAGGGGUCGAGAUCGUCCGUCCGAGUUCCGCGAAGACCCGGAGAUGGAGGACCGCACCGUAGAUGAGAGAGUGGUCCUACGGUGCGACAAGGGGGGAGAAUUAAAUGCAACUUUUCAGACUAUGACAGAUCUGAUGAAUAAAACUUUAAGUUUGAAAACCCAGCUGCGUAUGGCCGUUCGGGCGGUCGGAGAAGCAGCUGAAAGAGGGGAUCUUAAAUUGCCCCGACAAGAUGGCGCCGAGCAGAGGAAAGACCGCGUGGAGAAGCUGGAAGAGAGGAAUGGAGCUUCAGAAGAGCCUGCAAGGUUUCGGCUGGUAACUCCGCCCAGCGACGCAGCGUCGAUUCUGCCGACCACGCCCCUCUGCCGAAGGGAGGGGGAGUCAAGCGGAGGAGUGCAUCCGCCCCUCCCGCUUGAAACAACAACAACCCCCACUGUAACAAUGACUACAGCUCCGACAGAAACAGCAACAGCAACAACAACUCACGAAGAAAUUGAUCAGCCUGCAGUAUCAAGCAGCCCAGUCAUCGGUCCGCAGAGUGCAGUUCAUGCUACCACCUAUUACACUCGUUCCAGAGCCGAACUGCAGAAUUUGUGUAGAGAAUCCAGGAUCCGACCCGAGGAAACUCUGGCUGUGUGGUUAGGACAUCUGGUCAUGGAACUUGGGUCUGACCUCCUGGACCAGGAAGAAGCAAGCUUCUUGGUGAGACAAGCUUCAUGGAGUAGGGGACAUGUCACUGACAUCGACAUGGUGGCAUUUAGCGUUCACUGGCCUAUUCCAAUUCCAGCGCUUGUGGCAGGAGUGAUUGAACAGAAGACCCACGCAUGGCAUGACGGACGACCAGAGCACACCGGUGCAGAACAGCUUGUACUGGCUAUUAUCGGAGUUUCGUAUUGCGCCUGGAACCCAAGAGAAUGCACGUUGGGACUAACACCGCUCCAACGAAUGUGACCGUGGCCUCAUCGUCACCUGCGAGACCCUGGAACCGUUCCAGUGACCCUCGACAGCAUAGAUAGUUGUCUUAAAGUCUAUGGGCAAAGAAACAUCGUGCUUUUGCGAAUUGUGCUUAACCCAAUGGUUGAUCAUCCAGUGAGUAGUCUCCUUCAUCAGUUGCCAAGACUGCGCAUCCUCAUGGAGCCAAGACUGUCCAGCGAUCGGGAAUGUCAACGCCCGACUGAGGCUCAGAACACGAAACGCCACGAAUCCAAACAUCCAGUAUUACGCCAGAGAACGCAAGAGGAGCGAUACAUGUUUGGAUUCCUCCUACAGCGUUCUGGACUUAAUAAGCGACAGCUUCGGAUUUUGGGAGACGCGGGACAAUGGCAGCUAGCCUACGAGUUAGGUUUUCAUUAUCUAGAAGAAGGCGAUGAUGACUCCUCGACGAUUUCAUCGAGUUGCUGAGCGUGAAAAGAGAGAGAGCUGUCCAGUAUAAAAUCGUGUUUACAUAUUUGUAUUUAAUAGUGAUGAUAAGUUUGAUCGACUGCAUUAUUGUGCGGUCCUGUGUGAUUUUGUAAAUAGUAGUGAAAUAACCAUUUUAAGAGAGUUCUUUUACAGAUCAGGGAUUCGGAGUGCGUGAUGGAGAGAGGCCCCUAGAGGGACAACAUCACCGAAAGGAACGAAGGCCUGACGCGCGAUUCCACCAUGACGCCCACUGAAGUCAUGAUCGUCUAGUUUUUUGUUAUGAAUGUCAUUUUAUAUAUAUGUGUGUGUGCCGGCUAUUAUUUGAUUCGAUCCCUUGAGGACGAACUUUUAUUGUUGACUGAUUUUGUUUUUGCUCGUUUAGUUUCGUGAACCAUUGACAGAGCUGUUAAUAACCCGGAUGAUAGGUUUGAAGUAUAAUUCUAUUGUGCCUUCAGCAAGGGGGGAUGUCAUGACCCAAAGGUCUGAUUUUUUGUGUGUGCUUCGGCACUAAGAAUUAUCCCCGUAGGUUUACAGCUUCAUUGCACGGAGGAGUUCUGCUGCACAGAGAACCCGCGUGCAAAGGAGAGUGUUCCCGUCACUUUGCAGCUGUCUUUGCAGGGUGCAUUUUCUUUGCAGCACAGAAAUGCACGGUGCAAAGAGUUCCCGCUCGUUGUAUGCAAAUUUGUGCCCCGCAAUUGGCUAGUGCUAAAUUAUUCACACGUGGCAGCUAGCAAUUGGCCUGCUAGCCAUAUAAGAGGCUUGAGCAGUUUCUGCCCAAGCCGAAGAGGACUCUGCAUCCAUCUCGUGGGGACUCUGGGUGUGCGCGGCAGGGUAAUAGAAACCCUGUGUGUCGCUCAGAGGAGUUUGGCGGCCUGAUCCACUGCCCACCUCUUCCCGUCUUCGAACGGAACCUACUAUAAGACGUAUCGACGAGUUUUAUGUGCGCUUGUCCUGGACAUCCGGAGUUCUGUCUGCGUGGAGCCUAGCAAACUCCACGUGAUUGUUCAUGUUUUCUGUCUGCGUGGAGCCUAGCAAACUCCACGUGAUUGUUCGUGUUUUCUGUUUGUAACCGCAACUCAAGCAAGUUCUCAGCCUGCACCGCGACCAUCGCGGUGUAAGUAAACAAUCUUAAAAUCAA